AUGCCUACCGGGGCUACGGGUCCCUCGCCAACUUCGACCAGGCAGGCCUUCGAGACGCUCCCAUUCGUCGACAUCGUCCACCUCACGGGCGGCGACUCGUUCGUCUGCCAGGCUAUGUGUAACCAGGUGCUAGCUCGCCGCUGUUUCUUCCUCAGAAACGCCAUCUGCUCCUGCAUCACGGACGCGGUGGACGUCACCUUCGCCGCGAGCCCGGCGCCCGCCGAGUCCCUCUGCACUACACCGUGCCUGAACCAGCCGCCGGCCGCCAAUUUCGACGCAAUCGUCGACGGCAUCGCAGUGUACCACGUCUACGGCCAGGACGCGUUGCGACUGGCGUCAUCAUCUUCGACUAUCAACGGACGCGACGACCACAGCGGAUACGACGUCUACUACAGAUGCAUCGUCUACGACAAUGGAAUCCACGGCCACGUUGUCCACUUUUUCUACCGUAGAUACAACGUCUGCGUCAUCUACAGCCGAAUUCACACCCGCACCUACUUCGUCUACUGCAGAUACAACAUCUGCAACGUUUACUACAGAUAUUAUAGCUACCACAGUAAGUAG